AUGCAGCCAUGUAGCCCACGACAGGCACUUCGCUGGUCAGCCAGUGCAAUCUUCCUCCACCAACAGCAGCGCCACUUGUACAUCUACGCCGGCGUCUUUCCGCAACGAUGUCUCCUCUCAAUAAGCUCUGCAUGGUCGCUUGCAGGUCGUAUCUCAUCGGGUCUCACGUCAACAUCACCAUCUUUGAGCUCAGCGGUCGCGAAGGGGCUGCGCCGGGCCUCCUCCAGGCGCUGGACUGAUCGCCAGCGUGGAGACCAGUUUGCACGAGCCGCCAAGGUGCAGGGCCUCAAGAGUCGUGCGGCAUUCAAACUCUUGCAGAUCAAUGAGCGGUAUCGGUUGCUCAAACCCGGAAUGACGGUCGUGGAUCUAGGGUUUGCGCCGGGAAGCUGGAGUCAGGUAGCCUUUGACAUGACCAAGCCCCGCGGCCGCGUCCUCGGUAUCGAUUUACUCCCCGUACAACCACCCAAAGGCGUGUCGACGAUCCAGGGCGACUUCCUCUCACCAGAUGUGCAAGCCGAGAUCAAAUCCUUCCUCCGUGACCCCGACCGUGGCCGUUUGCGGCGUCCACUCAUGUUCGGCAUUCCAGAAACCUCUGACGGGCAUCUCGACAAGGAAUUAUUGGAUGACGCCGCGGCAGGGUACUUGGAAAGAGAAAGAUUCGAGACGGCGACGAUGAUGGCCGAAGAAAGUGAAGAGCAGCGCGAGGAUGAGAAUGAUCAUCUCGACAAAUCGGUCGAUGUUGUGCUCAGCGAUAUGUCUGAACCCUGGGACCCGCUUGAUGGGCUAUACAGGAAGAGCAUCAGUAACCCGUAUCAUAGGUUAAUGAACACGAGUGGGAACGCUUUUCGAGAUCAUGCCGGUAGUAUGGAUCUCUGCCGAGCCGCCCUCCGAUUCAGCUACGACACACUCAAAAUCGGCGGACAUUUCGUCUGCAAAUUCUACCAGGGUGCCGAGGACAAGGUUCUCGAGAAGAGCUUGAAAGCCAUGUUUCACAAAGUUCAUCGUGAGAAACCAGACAGCUCACGACGUGAAUCACGAGAGGCUUAUUUCGUGGGCAUCAAGCGCAUGGCCAAGGUUGAUAAGGACGCUGUAUUUGCAGAACCCUAG